AUGAAAGAGAUGGAUGUUGCUGCAUAUCUAUUUAUAUCUGGUCCGGCCGUAAACAGCCCGCUCCGAGGAACCGGUCAGCGCGCCGGAGGAAUGCUCUCGCGUCUACGCGUGAGAAACCGAUCUUCGCUCAUUGCGAUGUACAUCGCGGCAUGUGUUAGAGAAAUUGAAUUCACUCGCCGGAAUUUACGUGUGCACGGAGCGAUGUAUCCAAUUCUAGUCGACGUCCGACUCGGACGACCGCGAAGGCGAACGUGCUAA